GCGAAGAUAUAUCUUCACAGUCGUGGGAAGCUGGCAACUGCCUCUCUCGUGUGCGUUUCACUGAAUAGUUCAGUAUAGCACAAAUGAGUGUACCUUUGCACUUAUCAGCCGCUCAUACUUCCUCAUACCCGUCCUUGUGUCAACUCGAGGCUUCGUUAAUAUGGAUUUAACGACUGAAGAGUCACCAAAAGCUGAAGAGACCAGGACGUCACGUCUCCUGCGGUACGCCAGGCAGUUUGUGAUAGUUUUGAGCGCUGGCCUCAUAAGCGUCCCCUCUGGCAUGAUGCAGCUCUGGCCCAACGUGCUGGCUUCGCAUUACGCCAAGAGCAAUGGCACCAUUUUUGGCACCGAGUUGGAAGUCUCCCUGUGGGAGAUAGAUCUGAUAUCAAGCGUGACACAAAUUGGCCGGAUAGUGGGGUACUUAACGGCCGGUCACCUGCUUGGCACCAUUGGAAGGAAGUGGUCGCUGCUAGUCACUGGGGUGCCCGGAAUAGUCGGCUCAACCCUGAUCACGGUGUCUGUUAACAUCUACAUGAUUGUCGUUGGCAGAUUGCUGAACGGAAUCACGAUAGGCCUAAGCCUCAUCUCGCUGUUCGUCUACGCCGCCGAAGUCUCCGACGCCGAGAUUCGCGGGGCGCUGAUCUCGAUGUGCAACGCCCUAAUGCACCUCGGAGGGAUCUCCAACUUGGCCCUCGGCAUUUCCUUCACCUGGUACUACAUGUCUCUCAUCUGCGUGGGCCUGCUCCUCGUCCACAUCCUGUUGGUCUGCGCCCUGGACGAGAGCCCUUCCUUCCUGGCCGUCACUUCCCGCGACGAAGACGCCCUCAGGGUCUUGCGCAAACUGAAGGGUCCCCACGCGGACAUCCACGGGGAGCUGGAUUACCUGAAGAAGCGAAAUCAUCAGAAGCUAGGCGACUCCCGAGGCUUCCGAGCGCUGUUGGACAGGGAGCACCUCCCGACAGUAGGCCUAAUGACCGGGAUCUUCUUCAUUUACGGGUUCUCGGGGAGCCAGGUGUUCCGGAUCAACGCCACGCGCCAGAUCCAGCAGCUCGGUCUAGGCCUGGACGAACAGGUGACGACCAUCAUCGUUAUCUCGCUGUAUUUCGUGGGGAACCUUUCCAUGGCGUUUUUGACGGACUUCCUCGGGCGACGCCGUUGCAUGAUGAUGUCGCUGGCCAUCGUUGCGGCUUCGUACCUGUCCAUCGGGGCAUUCAUGUUCUUCCUGGAGGAGGAAAUGCCCCCGAAUGAGAUGCAAUUGAGGGAACCGCUGGCCUUUUCGUACGAGGUUCUCAACGCCACGUUGACCGAAGUCUUUCCUGACAGCUCAAGUAUCAUCCCCAUGAAAACAUGGUUUCCUAUGCUCUGCCUGAUGUGUGCUGCCUUCGGGUAUGGCUCGGGCAUCAGUACCCUUGCGUCAAUGUUGCCAACAGAACUUUUCCCUACGAGCAUCAGGCCACAGGGUACAAGCGCCUGCCUGGUGAUUGGCUCCGUACUGGUGUUCAUCAGCCUACAAUGCUACAGUGCAAUGCUGACAACACUGACCCAGGUUGGCCUGUAUUUGUUCUACGGGAGCGUCUCUCUCAUGGGCAUCGUCUAUUCCUACUUCCUGCUCGUGGAAACAAGCAGGGAGAAAGUGGGCUGAAGUUCCUGAAGGUGAAGGAACCCCCC